UCCCUUCCAACUGUGAUAUUCUAUGAUUCUAAUGGGACUUGUAUAUAAACAAAUCAACAUCACUUUGGAGCACAUCUGGAUAUUUAAUUUUUUUCUAAAUCAUUAGAGUACCCCUGUGCCAUUGAAAUGCAGAGAAAUUCUACAAGAAAUGCUGCACCCCCUGUAGAUUCUUUACCCCACCCAUCUAGUGUCUAUCACCACAGCACAUCCUCCUGGGAGGCGUUCCUCACUGGAAAUGACCGAGACACUGUACCCAUUCACUGAAGCAGUGCACUAGGCAUCAGCCCUUGGUCUAUGCUAGGAGUGCAGUUAUUUCUGUACCAGACUCAGCGGAUCCAGUUUGUUGAAGUUAGUGACACUGCAAAGAUCCACUGUUCUGCCAAAGAAAAACUGGAAGGAAGUAGAAUGUUUUGGUAUUUGAGAAGAGAAGGUGAGAAACCCACCUGCAUUAAACGCUGUUUGGAUGAUAAAAAUGUAAGUAAAUUUACUUGCAAACACAAGACACACAGCUCGACACUGGAAAUCAGCAAUAUCCAAAAGACUGACUCUGGCAUUUACUAUUGUGCAUAUAUAGACAGCAGCUACCUGCUUUUCGGGAAUGGAUCCGCACUGAUUGUUGGAGACAGUUAUACCAUCAGCAGCUGGGUGAUGCUUCUGGUCCCAUUUCCACAUGACAGUCAAGUCACUGAGACAGCGAAUCUGGCCUGUGUGAUCCAUGGAGUGUCCAGCCCAGUCCAUGUUUCCUGGAGUGUUUCUGGGGAGCUGCAGGAACAGGGGCUGACGCGCUCAUUGAAAGCAAAGGAUGGAUCUUUAACGCUCAUAAAUCACAUCAGCGUCCCCAUGGACACCUGGACCAGUGGGAAGAAUUUCACCUGUGAAGUCAAAUUCAACUCUUCUGGCAGCAGUGUGAAGAAAAGUACCAGGUGUCCUGCAGCUUCCUCCACAGCCCCUGCCAGCGAGUGCUCACAUUACAUCGUGCCCCUUGCGGCUGGAGCUGGUCUGCUGCUGCUGGUGGUGUCUCUGAGCCUCAUCUGGACCCUCUGCCCUUCCACACUAGGAUUCAAGCCCAGGAUCUCAGCACCCCCAGCCUCAGAGGAGCACCAGGGUGGAAUCUUAUACGCUCAUCUGGAUUUUGAUUCGCGGAAUCGCAACAAGCACACGAUGCAGCGAUCGGCCAGAGGAAAACAUCUAAAACCCUGAACUGUCUAGUGCAGGGGAAUCCACACAUGGGAACUGAUGGCUGGUUCUCUGCUGAUCAGACGUAGCAGCUGGAAGAAGGCGCUGUCUGUCUCCGUCUCCUUUUUUUUUAUUUUCUCCACUUCUCUGUUUAGAAUAAAAAGGUCAGAAGAUCCCCACUGAGUCCAGCCUCAUGAGGUGGGAAAUCU